AUGACUUCCUCCGCAGCAGCGGCGACUCCGGCGCCACCAGUCCCGAGCAGCCAAAUAGUAGAAAAGAUUCACGACUUCGAUAAGAGACAAGCAAACCGACCUGAUUUCGACAAGUCCAAUACCCCGAUACAAGUCACCAAGCACCCGAACCCCAACUGGCAGUACGGCGAUGGAGUCCCGGGAUCCACGCCCAAGAACCACCUCGAAAUCGAUCCUUACGCCGCGGACAGGCCGGCCAUCAACAACUACCGUCUGCUCAUCUCCGGCAUCGCGCCGCGGCCGGUCGGGUUCAUCAGCACCGUCUCCGGCGACGGCACGACGAAGAACCUCGCCCCGUUCAGCUACUUCCAGGUCAUCGACCACGACCCGCCCAUGUUCGUGGUCGGCUUCUCGGCGAGGGCCGGCCGGUCCAAGGACACGUACCGCAACCUCAAGGACUCGGGCGAGUGCGUCAUCAACACGGUGUCCGAGACCAUGAUCGAGGCCGUCAACGCGACGUCGCUCGACGCCCCGUACGGGGUGUCGGAGUGGGACAUCUCGGGUCUGCAUGAAGCGCCCUCGACGACGGUGCGGCCCUCCCGCGUGCGGGAGUCUGUUUUGUCCAUCGAGGGGAAGGUCGUUGAUAUCAAGGAGUUCAGUGACCACUCGGAUGGGGAGGGGAAGAGUGUGGCCGGUAUGGUGUUGAUCAAGGCGUCGCGGUUCUGGGUGCAGGAAGAUGCGACGAAUGUCGAUGCCAGCCACAUUGAACUGGACAAGUUGAGGCCUAUUGCCCAGCUGGGAGGCAUGUCGUAUGGCCGUGUGUCGUCUACUUUUGAGUUGCCGAGAAGGACGUGGGCUGAUGAAGCUCCCAAAAGUGAGCUAUUGUCUCGACUAGACGGCGAGAGAACUUAG